AUGUAUCCAGGAAUCCUUCCGUCUACCACCGGAUAUCUUCCCUUCCCUACUUACCCAAGGUCAGCCUCAACUGCAUGUAUUCUUGCCUUGCCAAGGUUCAUGUAUCCAGGGAUCCAUCCGUUCGCUCCCAGAUGUCUCCCCUUCCCCACUUACCCAAGGUCAGCCUCAACUGCAUGUAUUCUUGCCAUCCCCAGGUUCAUGUAUCCAGGAAUCCAUCCGUUCGCUCCCGGAUAUCUCCCCUUCCCCACUUACCCUUCCACUUACCUUCCUCAAGUUCAUGUAUCCAGGAAUCCAUCCGCUCGCUCCGGAUGUCUUCCCUUCCCCAUUUCCCUAAGGUCGGCGGUGCCUUCCCCGGAUCAGUGUCUCCAGGAGUCCACUUAUGUCACCUGAGUGGACUCCCUUCCCCACUUCCCCAAGGUCAGCGGUAUUCUUGCCGUCCGCAGGAUCAUGUAUCCAGGAAUCCUUCCGUCUACCGCCGGAUAUCUUCCCUUCCCCACUUACCCAAGGUCAGCCUCAACUGCAUGUAUUCUUGCCUUGCUCAGGUUCAUGCAUCCAGGAAUCCGUCCGCUCGCUCCGGAUGUCUCCCCUUCCCACUUACACAAGGUCGGCCUCAACUGCAUGUAUUCAUGCCUUCCCCAGGUUCAUGUAUCCAGGAAUCCAUCCGCUCACUCCAGAUGUCUCCCCUUCCACACUUACACAAGGUGAGCCUCAACUUCACGUAUUCAUGCCUUCCCCAGGAUCAUGUAUCCAGGAAUCCAUCCGCUCGCUCCGGAUGUCUCCCCUUCCCCACUUACACAAGGUCAGCCUCAACUUCACGUAUUCAUGCCUUCCCCAGGUUCAUGUAUCCAGGAAUCCAUCCGCUCGCUCCCGGAUGUCUCCCCUUCCCCACUUACACAAGGUCAGCCUCAACCACAACCUUCCCCAAGUUUAUGAAUCCAGGAAUCCAUCCGCUCGCUCCGGAUGUCUUCCGUUCCCCACUUACCUAAGGUCGGCGGUGCCUUCCCCGGAUCAGUGUCUCCAGGAGUCCACUAGUGUCACCUCAGGUGGACUCCCUUCCCCACUUCCCCAGAGUCAGCGGUGCCUUCCCCGGAUCAGUGUCUCCAGGAGUCCACUUAUGUCACCUCAGGUGGACUCCCUUCCCCACUUCCCCAGAGUCAGCGGUUGCCACCUUCAGUGA